GGUUCGGUGUCCUUCAAUGGAGGCCAAUGGAGGGCUCGUCUUCUCAGCCCUUUGAUCACGGUCAAACGGCUCCCGGCGCUUCCAAGUUCCUCUCUAACCUCCCUCUCAUGGCCACCCCUCUCUACCACCGUCAUCUCCUCCAAUCUGGGGGGCUGCGAGUUUAUAUUUGUGAGCACAGUACUUCUCCUCCAGAGGGAUUGAGCAGUAGCGCAACUUAUAAGGACUACCAUAGUUUGACUGUUGAGAGGCUUCGUGCCCUUCUUAAGGAAAGAGGACUUUCACCCAAAGGAAAGAAGGACGAGCUGAUUGCGCGCUUGAAAUGUGUUAACGAAUCAGCUCGAGAGUUGGAUCGAUGCAGCAGCAAUCGUUGUGGCCUAAAAAGGGAAGAGUUAGAACUUUGAGAACUUGUAAGAAUGAAUAAUGGUUUACUAUGUAUAUAAUAGGAGCUUAAUCCAGAAAUUUUAGAAUUUCUUCAGGGCAGUGAUUGUGUAAUUACUUUGAGCCUGACGGUU